AUGUGGAGCAUGGUGUGGUCCUCCAUCAUCAGGUGGAUUGUGGUCCUCCUCCUUACACUCUUGUUUGCGGUGGCCGACAACAGCCACAAUGCAUCACAUACUCACAAGCUCCUGAUUGGCUUCCAGGCUCCCUGGAACAUGUCCUUCCCGUUCAGCGCUCAACGGCUUGGCUCGGCGAUGCAGAUCGCCGUGGAAAAGGUGAACUCCAACCCCUCCUUCUUGGGAAACUUCAGUCUGGAUUUUGUUUUCACAGAAACAGACUGCAAUCCCAAAGCUUCACUGGCCGGGUUCAUUCAUCAAGUCUGGAGGCAGAACGUGUCUGCGCUCUUUGGACCAGCCUGUCCUGAAGAGGCAGAGGUCACCGGCCUCAUUGCAUCCACUUGGAAGAUUCCCAUGUUUGGCUUUGUGGGCCAGUCCUCCAAAAUUGACGACAAGGAAAUCUAUGACUCUUAUAUAAAGAUUGUACCCCCUCUCAAAAGGAGCUCAGAGGUCCUCGUGAAGACGUUGGAAUUCUUUGGGUGGAGCCACAUUGCAAUGAUAGGUGGUGGGCUGGACUCAAACACGUGGGACAAAGUGGACUCCUUGUGGAAGACCAUUGAGAAUCCACUGAGAGACAAAUUCAAACUGAUGGCAGCAGUCAAGUUCGACACAAGUGACCCUCAACUUCUCUAUCGUAACGUAAAAUACAUUUCAACCGUUGCCAGAGUGAUCGUGGUGCUGACCAACAAAGACGACUCACUGUCUUUGCUAAUGGAGGCCGAGCGCCAGGGUUUAAUGAACGGUGACUACGUCUUUUUCCUGGUGCAACAUUUCGAGGACAACUUGUGGAAAUAUGCUCUGAACAGUCAGAUCAACAACGCGGCCAUAAGAGCCUUUGACAUGACCUUCAUUAUCGGGCAGAGAAGCUACGAGGGAUACGAGUACUACGACUUCUUUGAACAAGUUUACAAUCGAUUGAAAGGACACCCUUUCCAAAGCACUCUCACCUCGGAGAGAGAGGUGAGCCCAUAUUCUGCUUACCUGCACGACGCCGUGCUUCUGUACGCGAUGGGGUUGAAAGAGGUGAUAAAAGACGGGAAAGACCCUUCCGACGGACACCAACUUCUCCAGAGGCUGAAAAACAAAAAGGACAUCAGAUUUUACGGAGCUUCAGGUUUGGUCCACUUUGACGAGGAAGGUGAAAGAAACCUCGACUACUCUAUUUAUGACCUUCAGCAUGUGGGAGGCAACACCAAAUUUGUUCCCAUCCUCCACUUCGACAGUCAUAGCAAAGAUGUUCUUCCCACAUCGAUGUUUGCAUCUGUGUUCUGGCCAAAAGGACGAACUCCAUCUGACAAGCCAGAAUGUGGUUUCAACAACGAGCUGUGCGAAUGGCUGUCAAAUGACAUCACCCUGCUGGCUCUGCUGGUCACCUUCCCCGCGCUCGGCAUUAUCGCUGUCUUUGGGAUCGGAAUCCUUUUCCUGCAGAAGUUCAAUCUCCAGACAAGACUGGACGAUUCUUGCUGGUGGUUGAUCAACUACAACGACAUCACCAUCAUCAGAGAGCCCUCAUUAAAUCAGGGUCUGUCUCUCAGCACCACACUCAGUCAGAGUGGCAGCGGCGGAUCGCAGUCCAACUUCUCAAACAACAGCUACUGCCAGAAGGACCAGAAAGGCAGAGAAAAGAUCUACACUACAAUAGGUCUCUACCAGGGAAAUCAAGUGGCCAUCAAGUACCUCAAGGAUCAUCCAGCCAAUAAUUUAAAGACACCCUCGAUUAUAGCUGAAUUUAAUGCGAUGAAAGAGAUGAAACAUGAAAAUCUGGUACAGUUCUUUGGUGUGUGUGCUGAGCCACCAAAUGUCUGUUUGGUGGUCCAGUACUGCCGGAAAGGAAGCUUAAAGGAUCUCUUAAAGGAAGCAGAUGUUGAUCUGGACUUCAUGUUUAAGCUCUCCUUUGCUUACGACAUUGUCAACGGAAUGGAGUUCAUACACAGGAGUAGCCUCAAAUUUCACGGCAACUUGAAGCCUAGCACAUGCAUGGUGGACAGUCGGCUGCAGAUCAAACUGGCCGGCUAUGGAUUCUGUGAGUUUAAACAAGGCCAUAAAAACGUGAUGCAGCAAGAUAAUCCAAGUUACGAAGGGAUGUUUUGGACAGCUCCAGAACUUCUACGGCAAGUAGGUCUCCAUGGAACACCUAAAGGUGACAUCUACAGCUUUGCCAUCAUCAUGUGGGAACUCAUGUACAACUCCAGGGCUGGCCCGUACCACGAAAUAAAUCUGGAACCAAAAGAGAUUAUCAUGCAGUUGCGAACACCUUUUCAAGGAGAACCGCUGCGACCAACGCUGUCUGAUCAGCUGUGUGACGAAAAAAUCAAUGCCUUGUUGAAAGCCUGCUGGAAUGAAAAUCCAGACCACCGCCCGCCAUUUGGGUCAAUACGGAGACAACUGAAAGAUGCCAGUCCUGACAAUCAUGCCAAUAUACUGGACAAUAUGGUGGAAAAACUGGAGAAAUAUGCAAAUCAUCUGGAGGAGGUGGUGACUGAAAGGACCAAUCAGCUGGCAGUGGAGAAGAACCGGGCAGACAAACUUCUCUCCAGCAUGUUGCCUCGGUACAUCGCGGAUCAGCUCAUGGCUGGGAAGUCUGUGGAGCCCCGCAGCUACGACACGGUCACCAUCUUCUUCUCGGACAUUGUCGGCUUCACCUCCAUGUGUGCGGUCAGCUCUGCCAUGGAAGUGGUCACGUUCCUCAAUGACCUCUACAGCCUCUUCGAUGACAUCAUCAAGCUGUAUGAUGUCUACAAAGUGGAGACCAUCGGUGAUGCGUACAUGGUGGCCAGUGGGUUACCCAUCAGCAACGGUGACAAGCAUGCGUGGGAGAUUUCAACCAUGGCUUUGCACUUCCUCUUCGCCAUAAAGAUGUUUAAAAUACGUCACAUGCCGGCUGAGAGUCUGGCCAUACGCAUCGGGAUUCACUCAGGUCCAGUGGUUGCUGGUGUGGUUGGUAGCACAAUGCCGCGCUACUGUCUGUUUGGGGACACAGUGAACAUGGCAUCCCGUAUGGAGAGCAACAGCUUACCGCUGAAGAUCCACACAUCUGAGUCCACUGCUGACCUCCUCAAAAAGGCUGGCUGUUUUGAGCUGCAGGAACGAGGAGAAGUGGAGAUGAAGGGGAAAGGAUGUCACAAGACAUACUGGCUGCUAGGAAAACAUGGAUUUAACCCUCUGGCAGGCGCUCAGAGCUUUACGCGAGCUGACCACACCUCAUUGGAGAAAACAGAGGUAACCAGAGCUGUGGACAGAAAAACUCAAAAAAUACUCACCAAAGCACACAUCAGAGAUGAAACCAUGGCCCAAGUCCACAUUUGA